AUCUGCACUGACUAUUAUUCUAUCCAUAAGACAGAGUACUAACUGGACCCCCUACCUGGCUUCAGUCAUCAAACAGGUUCCAGGAAUGGCAUUGGCUGUAUGCAGUACAUUGGCCGACAUAUACCAUACGAUUUGGAAGUAAAAAGUUAUGCAGACAUAUUUCCGACAAGUACACCAAAACUCUUCUCAAAGAAGAACAGACAGAGUCUGAGCCCAGCGCUGUCCAGUCAUGAGAUGCGGAAGGGUGCUAUGGAAUGUGGUCAGCUGACCCCUCAGUCUGUACGUCAGGUCAUCGUUUUGCGCCAUCCUGGAGUUGGCUUUGGAUUCGUGGCUGGCAGUGCACGACCCGUCGUAGUCCGAUCUGUCAUCUCAGGAGGUCCAUCAGAGAACAAACUACUUUCAGGAGAUCAGAUCUUAGCUAUUAAUGAUGAGGAUGUAAGUGAUGCUUCAAGGGAAAGAUUCAUUGAGCUGGUCAGGAAUGCAAAGGAGUCCAUAACUUUGACAGUACUGCAUCCUCACCAGUCUCCUAAAUCUGCUUUCAUCAGUGCAGCAAAGAAGGAGAAACUUCGGUCCAAUCCAGGGAGAGUAAGAUUUUCUGAGCAAGUGACUGUAGGGAUUACAGAAGCAGACAUGUUGAAAAUAAAAGACUCUCCACCCCUUCUACUCAUUCCUAAUGUACUGAAAGUAUUCUUGGAGAAUGGGCAAAUAAAAUCAUUUACUUUUGAUGGGAGGACUACAGUAAAGGAUGUCAUGGUCACUCUUCAGGACCGCCUCUCACUACGUCACCGUGAUCAUUUUUCUCUUAUCCUGGAAUAUUCAGCAUCAGAUCAAAACCAGAAAUUCUUAUUGCUACAAGACAAGCAACCAUUGGCUCAUGUUGUGCAUCGAACUCACUAUCAAGGUAUGAGAUGUUUGUUCAGAGUCUGUUUUUUUCCCAAAGACCCAGCUGAUAUUCUACAUUUGGAUCCUGCAGCAUUUGAGUAUCUGUAUAUACAGAGCCGUAAUGAUGUUAUAAGAGAACGGUUGGGAGCAGAACUUAAGCCAGAAAUGGUUCUGGGUCUCAGUGCACUGCAUAUAUACAUCAGUGUCAGCUCUUCUCGUCCAGGUCAGAAGAUUUCACUGCGUGGAGUCGAGAAAGAGUGGGGCCUGGAACCUUUUCUACCACCAUCCCUCUUGCAGGUCUACAAAGAAAAAUCCCUCCGAAAGGCAUUAGCACAACAUCUCAAGAUUCACCAAAAUCAGUUAUCUGGUAACAAGGUGUCUAUCAUUCAGGCCAAGCUUCGUUAUCUACGUAUUCUUAAUGAGCUGCCGACAUUUGCUGGAGUCCUCUUCAACACAGUUGCCAUGGGUGAGAAAACUCCAGCAACCACCCUUCUUGUUGGUCCCCGCCACGGAAUCAGCCAUGUAAUUGACUUGAAGACCAAUCUCACAACAGUCCUAUUUGAGUUCAGCCAGGUGACAAAGGUCCAGUUGUUCAGAGAAUCCCAAGGAGUAGCACGUGUGGAGACAAGUGUCACUGACACUAAGUCUCUGGUGUUGCUCAUGGACUGGCCUGAGGCUACCAGCUUCGCCUGUUUGAUUGCAGGAUAUUAUCGACUGUUAGUGGAUCCCAAGAAAGGUAUUUUCUACAGAGCUGCAGGUCACUUGCCUCCACCUCAGAUUAUCAAGGCAGAGCCUAUGCAGAUUGGGGUCUUCCGAUCGUCGGCUGAGGAAAAACAGAGGAGACGAUCCCUAGGCCUGUGCCUGUACUGUGGAGAAAAGGGUCACAACGCACAUUCCUGUUCCAGGAAGCUGGGAAACGACAAGGGCCUAGAUCACAUCAGUCUGCCCACAGUGCCACGCAUGCCAGCUUCUGUUAAAGCAGUCUCCUCCUCCAGCAUUUCCUCUGCUUUCUCCCACUCAAAGGGCCCAGUUUCUGCAAUCCAUACCCCAUCAGAGAACAAGGAGCCUAUCAGUCUGUGCUACCUCAACCUACAGGACAAGGAGGGGAGAGAUGUCAACCAGAAUCAUGUCACGAAGGAGACCAGACCAAGAACAAAGUCUGAUCCCACACCCAAGGGGUCAUCCAAUCAACAUGGAAUGGAGGGGCCAAAGGAUCCGCCCGAGGUCUGCAGGUCCCGUUCCUUCACUAUGGAUACCCAGGUGAAACUGGAAAGAACAAAUUUCUUUUGUGACUCCUGCAAGGCCAAAAUGAAGAGCCAAUUGGAAGGAGGCGGUGCGGAUGUGAAGUGCAUUAACUCAUGUGGGUCCUCCACCUGUAGGGACAAUAUGGUGGAUCUCAUAUCCUUGCCGCCUCCUGAACAUGUGAAAGGGAAAAAGGAAGAAGAUGAGUAUGAAGGAGAGAUUGGGACAAAUGAAAGAGAGGUAGGGGAAACUACAACCCUUUUGCCUUCUGCAGCACCCCCUCCACCAGGUUUUGGUGACAACAGUUCCGAUGAGGAAGAACCAAAGCGGAUUGACCUAAAGGGCAGAGAACAGGGGAAAGUCCGUAUGGUGUCAAUAUGUGGUUAUGAGGAGUUACCAGUGACCUUAAUUGACAGUGUUCAGACACGUACAGUCAAAGACCAUGCAAGGGAUCUGGAUGAUGCUCUGGUUUCCACUCUACAAGCUUUGGAAGCUCUUGCUGCUUCUGAAGAAUACCCCAGCCCAACAUCCCAGCCCACAACAGGCCUCAUAGUCCUUGCAGCCAUCACUCCAGAGCCAUCCCUGGAUUCUGGUCAUGAAACAAACUCCUCGGAAUUGACUGAUGUGUCACAGAUGGUUACAGCUAUGAAACAACAUCACAACACUGCUUACUUCCUGGCCCACCACCUCAACAAGGAAAGUCUACUUUCACGGAAGGAACUCCCAUUUAGAAUUCAGACUUGUGCUGCUCAGGCUGUGAUUACUUCUCCUUAUUCACUGGGUCACAUGGAAACUAGCCCUGUAUUAAAACCUGCUUUUUUACAACAAAAUUUAAUAGGGGCAGGCUUGCAACAAGUGUCAACAGAUGCCUCUUUAAACCCACUAUUUCAUUUAAAUAAUGGAAUGUCCAGACUUAAAUCUCCUGAAAAAUCCAAGGCAGAACCUUGCUUUACUACUCCUGUAAUUACCUCAAAGAUCUCAACAAGCCCUCCAAAGAAGAGGUCUUGCCCAAAUCUAGCUUCCACUGUAGAAUCAUCGGAAAAUAUCUUGUCAUCUUCAACUGAAAAGUCUAUUAGCAAAAGCACUAAAACACAGAGUGAUAAAGAUAGUGAAGAAGAGAAAAUAUCUCCAGAUAGCCCAUGUGAUUGCCAGUUGUCACAAGGAGAUUCAUCUCCAGCCACUUUGGUUGAAAAUAGGCAUGAUGGUGAUAAUGUUCUUAAUUUAUCUCCAACAGAUGAUGAGAGACUCCAUGCCAAAGCUUGUUCUGCUAGGAGCAUGGAAGAGCAGCGUGAAAGCCACAAAAUUGAAGAAAAUAAAGAGAUAGAUAAAACCUGUGUAGAUUAUUUAGAUUCACCAAACCUUAUCAAAAGAAACAAAGAAUCAAAUGAGAAUAGUGAACAACCAGACAAAAUGCCCUCUGUGCCCAACAGCCAUGUGAUUACUAGAAACAAUGCAAAAUUAACAAUUAAAUCAGACACAGAUAUAACUUCACAAGUUUCUGAAAAAGUGCCUACGCCAAUUAAACUUGAUGACUGUGAUGCCCCUGCCAAACCAAGGGCAAGAGCUACCUUCAAGUUGCGGAAACUAUUUUCUGCCACAUUCCCCACACGGAUGAGACGUGAAACUGAUGAGCGUCAAGCACAGCUGCGCAAGGUUAAACAGUAUGAGAUGGAGUUUCUUGAAGAACUGCUGAAGCCACGGGGUAAAUUAGGUGCUCAGCAUCAAGAACUCCUUUGUCCAUUGGUGCCUGGACGCUGUUCAUGCCAGGUACGUAGUAGUCCUGUACAAAAAGUGCCCGGAAUGUCCAGAGAACAAAGACGCAGCUGUGAUUGCAAACGUAUCACUAGAGGCAUAUGUGUCCAACCCAACCCUACUCUGGAGUCUGAGCAAAGAAACAGAACAUUAGUGCACAACACAAGUCAUAUAGGAAUUCGACUUGUACGUUCAUCUAGUCUUGAGUCCCGGGACACAGAAAAGAGAACUUCAUGUCUAACCACUUGUGCUGCACAUGAUAAAAGCACUCUUCAAUACACAAAACUGCCACAAAAAUACAAUGUCAGUGAGGAAGAAAACAAAGACCUGCCCUACAACCCACCUCCAACUAAGUCACAGAAGAAAGAGAGUGAGGCCAUUUUACAAAAAAACAAAACACAAGAUAUAUCAGGAAUCAAGGAUGAGAGAAAAACUCCACUUAUUCUCCCACGACAAGAAGAUGUUUUUUCUGUUCAGACCAAAUUGCCUGAAGAAGAAAUAGUAUUGGGAGAGAAGUGUUGCUCUUUUCGGCACUGCUUUAACUGUCGAAGAUGUUCAUCUGGUGAUGACAACAGUGACAGAGAUGAAUUAUCAUACUCCAUUCCUAUGCAGAUUCUUCCAGGAAUGAGAAUAAAUCCAGAAGCGACACCUAUAUUAAGCCAGACCCUUCAAGUACUAGAUGCCACUGUGUGUAGUGGACCUGAAGAUAAUCAAACACAAGAGAUUGAUCUUCGUACUGCUACUUUUGAAGGCAGCCUUGCCAAGGUGAAUGCUUUACGUGGGCGUUCCUAUUCUCUUCCUGAUGGUUUCAUAUCUGUGCAACUUGACACCAAUGAACUACUUACUGUGCUACGCCAAUGUCUGGUCAGCACUGAGGCUGGAGAGCCCAAGCUAGCUGCAGUACAUCUUAGUCAACGCAAACAGGAGCUGACAUUGCACUUCAAGGAGUUCCGUGCAUCCUGUAGAAGAAUGGCUGGAGUAGAUAAAAAUCCAGAGCAUAUGCUGACUGCAGUAACUUGCAGCUUUAAGGUUCUCUGUGGCCUAAUUGAGACUUUUGUAAAACUGGUGUUUGUGAUCCGUUCAGAAAGUCAACGUCAGGAACUGCUAUGCAAGGUUGAAGAAGUGGUGAGAAAUUACACAUUCUUGCUCAGAGCAGCAGAAGAAUCCAGUGCUCGGACAAGUGGACAAAGUCGAACUGUAGUGGGACACUUAGCCAAGCAAUCUGCCACAGUGGCAACAGCAGUUAGCACUUUCUCCCGCUCUAUUAAAACGCUGAUGAGCAAGUAAUGUGUGAAGAUAUGAUUACAUUGUUAACUACAGUAUGUUUUGAACUUUUGUGAGGGAACAUAAUAAUAUGAGCUCCCUUUUGGAUAGUACAAGCCUUAACUUGGAAAUUUGAAUCUAAUGAAUAUUUUGUAAUAGAUUCUAAUGAGUAUUGAGUUAGAGUCAUUUUAACUGUACAUAAUAGAUAUUGGAGCAGAAACCGCUCACUAAAGUUCACUGGUUUAUAGGAUUUUAUGUUAAUAUGCUAUACCCAGCUGCCAGACAUCUAUUUAGCAAACAGAAUUGUAAUUGUACAUAACUACAGUACCUGUCCCACUAUUACAUGCUUUAAUCCUCAACAAUCCUCUUCUAAAAGUUAGGGAUUUAUAUACAGUACCUUAAGAAAAUUCCACACUCGGAAGAAGAGAGGAUGGGAGCUUGCAUACAUUUCCUUCUUCACUGCAACAGGAUUUUACAUCAGCAUACAGUAGGUCAAAAAUCAGUAUGAAAGGAAAUUAAGAAAGAAAUGCUUCUAAAUUUCUACACAUUCAAUAUAAUCCUAUCAUCACGUCUGAAGUUCAGUUGGAAUAUAAACCAACAUUUAUUGUUAGUCUUUAUCUACCUUAUAUUUUUCAGUGUGUAGUAUGUCAAUUGUAUCUGAGCUGCUGGAAUAUGCCUUUCACACAGAGCAUGACACAAUUGAUUGGUAUGGCACCAUAAUGGAAUUGGUUUGCCAUCGAACUCCAUUUAUCUUGACUUCCUAAGUUAACAGUUUACUAUUAUGACAAACUAUAUAUCUUUUGCAAUCAAAAACUGCAAAAUACAUGGGCAUGCAAUAGAAUUAAUUCUGUACAAUUAAACCUACCUAAUUGCCUAGCACUUAAAUGUUUUUUGUAAUGCUCUCCUAAGAAAUCACUGUAAACAAUUUAUUUGGCUCAAACUGUAUGGAAAUCAGUAUGAUGGAGACUGGAGAGAGUCAAUUACAUUUCCUGUUUACUAUCUCUUUUCACUCACUCCAUUUUUUUAAGUUAAAUGAUUUUUUUAUGUUAGGAUUAGACCGUGUAACUGUUGAAUUUCACUUUGUCUUAAACAAAAAUCAUGAUAGAAAGGGAUCAAUGGGGUUGUACUUGUUACAAGUUUAACCAUGGUACAUUUGAAUGCAGAGCUGGUGCUGCGUUCCAGUGACAUGCGGUCAUUGUAGAUAGGGGAGGCAGAGCCUCUCCUGCCAUAUUCCAGAAUACUACAGAGAUUUGACUGUAAUAAUAAUUAGUAUACAAUGAUACCAUUUACAACAUAGAAAUAUCAUAUUUGUAUUAUUAUAAUAAUUUUUAUAAAUAAAACUUACCAACAAAUCAUAUAUGGGAUGCAAUCAGGAUACUGGUGGUCGGGUAUGGUUAGGGUUAGGCUGCGGGGAGUGGGGGUUAGGCACCACCAGCAAGGGUUAAGCUGACCAUACAUUAGUACGACCAUCAUUCAAUCCGAUUCCUCAUAACAUUUUCCUUCAAUCCCCCCAGGAGCCCCUGGCACAUGAUUUGGAGUUUUAUGUGCAUACGAUGAAGCAUAUAACUCUUAUCAAUCGAUUGUGUACAUCACAUAAAGCACGUGAUCACCUGGAAGGAAAUGGCACUCAAAAAUGAUGCUGAUCAUAUAUGAUGCAUUGUAUGUGCAUAAAACAGUACGUUGUGCAUCCGAUUACGACGGAUAAUAUGGGCUGCACAUAUGAUCUGAGGAUGCGACAUUCAACCCACCGGGGCUGCGCAUCGCAUCGUAAUUGUAUCUAAAACACGUACUAUGUGCACACAAUGCAUCAUACGAUGCAUCUAGAUCCUACAUUCGUACGCAAUAUCGUACUAGUGUAUUGUCAGCAUUAGG